AUGAACUUUAGCACCCUGAGAGACAUUUACUUGGAGGAGAGCCUUCGUGUUCUCGGCCACGGGAAUCCAGAUCCUUUCACGGUAAUUGCAGGCCUGAAAAAGCUGGCGAGGUCAGGCAGCGCCGAUGCUGCCUUCACACACUACCAGCAUCGGAUCAAGUGCCUGGUCCAGGUGCGGGAAUCCCUCGCUUUCUGGGAGGAGAGUAUCGGCGCCGAGGCCUUCGACAAGAAGCACGCCCGAUCGCGAGAUGUGCGGCAUGAGUACUUGAAGCACACAUUCCGACUAGUCUACGUCAUCGCCGACCUCUCGUUCCCCGAGAGCCUUCGGGAAUAUACCGAGGAGAUGUCCGAGGUUUUGAAACAGGGCGAUCUGCAGCAACACUUCAUCCUCGACAGCGAGGUCACCUAUGCCCGUUCCAAGGAGCGGACAAGAGCAGGGCUGACCUCACCCCACCACCAAUGCCCGAGACGUUUCGUGCCACAUGGACUGCGGAAGUUGACGCCGCACUUUUACUACAACCCGGACUUGUAUGGCCAUCUGCAAGUGGCCAAUGAGGCCUGCAUAAAGCAGCGAAAAGAUCACCCCGAAGUAUUUCUGAAUCUGGGGAGGCUCAACACGUGGGACAUCCAGUGA